UUCAACGUUAACUGUUCAGUAAGUUUUUAAUUGACGCGAUUAUUAUUAAUUUAGUUAUUUUUGUACAGUAAAUAAAAUCUAUUGAACACAAAAAGAAGUUCGUUAACUAAAUUGCAACGAAAAGAAACUGAUCAAUCACAAAGCAUGUGCGAAUAACAUACGAAUACAUACAUAUUUUUACAUAUAUAUAUAUAACUAUAUCUUUUUUUCGACAAAUUUGCGUGGAACCUUACAUAAGUUGAGACGCAUCUUGCACUUCCAAUCGUGCUAAAAGUGUUUUUUUAGUGUUUAAUUGAAUAAAUUUUGAGAAAAAUGCGUUCAAGAAGCAAUUCAGGUGUACGCCUGGACUACUACCAGCGCAUUGUGCAUCGACUGAUAAUGUCACAUCAAGAACCUGUAACAGGUUUGUUUCCUGCCUCAAAUGUCAAUUCGCAUGCAUGGAUAAGAGAUAAUGUUUAUUGCAUAUUGGCCGUGUGGGGUCUGUCAAUGGCUUAUAAAAAAAUUGCUGACCAAGAUGAAGAUCGCGCUAAAUGCUAUGAAUUGGAGCAGAGUUGCGUUAAAUUAAUGCGUGGUCUUCUAAUGGCAAUGAUGAAUCAAAAAGAUAAAGUGGAAACAUUUAAAAUUACACAAAAUCCAUUGGAUUCAUUGCAUGCCAAAUACUCAAGUCGUAAUGGACAACCUGUUGUUGGUGACGGGGAAUGGGGCCAUCUACAAAUUGAUGCUGUCUCUUUAUAUUUACUUAUACUCGCACAAAUGACUGCAUCUGGUCUGCAGAUUGUAUUCUCCUUGGACGAAGUAUCUUUCAUACAAAAUUUGGUAUUUUAUAUUGAGUCAGCGUAUUGCAUACCAGAUUAUGGCAUAUGGGAGCGAGGCGAUAAAACCAAUCACGGUGAACCUGAGCUUAAUGCUAGUUCGAUUGGUAUGGCUAAAGCUGCUUUGGAAGCAAUGAAUGAAUUGGAUUUAUUUGGUGCACGUGGCGGACCCGCUAGUGUCAUACAUGUUCUAGCAGAUGAAGCGCAUAAAUGUCAAGCUGUUUUACAGUCGAUGUUGCCACGUGAAUCUAAUAGUAAGGAGUUGGAUUCUGGAAUACUGUGUGUUAUUGGAUUUCCAGCGUUUGCAGUAGAUGAUCCACAACUAAUACAUAACACAAAAGAUGCAAUACUCUCACGUUUGCAAGGAAAAUAUGGUUGUAAACGUUUCUUGCGUGAUGGUUAUCGUACCCCGAAAGAGGAUCCGUCCCGUUUGUAUUAUGAACGCUGGGAAUUACGCAUGUUUGAAAAUAUAGAAUGUGAAUGGCCCUUGUUUUAUUGUUACUUAAUAUUGUUUCAUGCCUUUCAAAAUGAUAAAAUGGCUGUUAAAAAUUACGCUGAACGUUUAGAGAGAAUAAUGGUACGUUCAGAUGAUGGAAUUUUACUAAUACCGGAAAGUUAUGCGGUACCACAAAAUCUAGUAGCUAAUGAAUAUCAACAUCCUGGCUCACAAUCACGCGAAGUUGUGGGUCGUUGUCCCUUUUUGUGGGGUCAAUCAUUGUUCAUACUUGGCAGACUCUUACAAGAGGGUUUUUUGGCUGUUGGUGAGUUAGAUCCGUUAAAUAGACGUUUAGGUGCACAGAAGAAACCCGAUGUUGUUGUGCAAGUAGUUAUAAUUGCUGAGGAUAAUGAAAUACGUGACAAAUUAGCUGAGCAUGAUUUGCAUGUACAGACAAUUGCAGAGGUAGCACCAAUUGAAGUUCAACCUGCGCGAGUGCUUAGUCAUUUGUAUACUUACUUGGGACGCAAUAGAAAACUCGGUUUGACCGGUCGUAAGUCACGCGAUGUCGGUAUAUUAAGUACAAGCAAAUUGUAUUCGUUGAAAGAUAGAAUAUUCGCUUUUACACCACAGUUUGUCGACUUGUCACGUUUUUAUAUCGCAUCUGAUAACGAAUUAAUGAUUGACAUCUUAAAAGGGGAAAUAAAUUUUCUCAAGUCGGCUUGGGAUCUGCUUGGACGUCCUUUAGUGACGUUAGUUUUGAAGAAUAUCCAUUUAGAUCAAGACAAAAUACCACUUGCCAUGAUACAGACAAUGCGUAAAUUAAAAUCUGGUUAUAUUAAUGGCACACGUGUCAUGUUGGGAAAUUUAAAAGAUUUCCUAAAUACUUCCGCAAUUACGGACUUAAGUUUUCUUGGUAGUACUGAAGACGGUUAUCCUGAUCGCCUGCAUCCGGAUGUACAAACUUAUUUAGAUGAACAUUUGUUGCGUUCGUUCAGUCAUCGUAACACAAUGAAUUUACGUGGUGGACAAUUACGUCCCCGAAGUCUUAGGAGACGCAUGUCAUGCAAAGGUGCUAUCAAGAAGACACGUUCAAUUAAUGUGGACUCUGACACCUUGGGUAUGGAGGGACCUACACAAUUAUCAGAGAGGCGUUUAUCUUCAAUAGUACCACCACCAUGGCUUCAAGCUAAUAAACAGAAUCAUAUCAGUGUUUUUGCUACGACACCCGAAGAAGGACCGGCAGAUCAAUCAGAAAUCAUACGAGAGAACAUAUAUCCCAUUGAUCCACAUCACAACAGAACAGCAAUGGAACGCCGCAGUGAGUUUGCUAGACAACAAGAAAUACAAAAUAUACCUAAAAUUCUCAUUCAACGCCAUCGCACCGAUAAUAAUUUUGCGGAUACAGAGGUUGAGGAGCUGAUUGCCAUGUUACGUGAGACCGAAAAUCUGGAAGAGCAAGGCGAUAUAUUGCAAUACCUUGUAGACACACAGGGCUUAGACUUUAAUACAGCUGGCUUAGGAAUAAAAAAUAAACCAACUGAAAUUGAGGGUAAUUUUGUGGAAGAACCUGUUGAUAUUGGUUCAAGUUCAAAUGAUGAACCAAAAGUUGCUGAAAUGCCAACAGUCGUUAUUGACACAUCCAACAUUAAUUCUCAAUCUCAAUCUGAAGGCAUGCUGGAAGAAGGUCGAGUCGUUACUGUACGCGAUCUAUUGAAGGGUCUUUAUGAGAAGGCAUGUCAACAAAAACUAUGGGGCUUAGUCCGUCACACAGCGGGCAUGCUUGGUAAACGAGUGGAGGACUUGGCUAAAGCGGUGACUGAUCUGUUAGUACGGCAGAAGCAGGUUACUGUGGGUAUGCCACCGAAUAACGAAUACACAAUAACAGCCCCAUUACCUGAAGCUGAAUUGCGUCAACUAAUACAUGAUGCAUAUGGUGACGACGAGAGUACUGCUAUGUUAACCCAAGAACUAAUGGUGUAUUUGGCAAUGUUUAUACGCACAGAACCUCAACUCUUCCAUGAAAUGUUACGUUUGCGAGUUGGUCUUAUUAUACAAGUUAUGGCUAAAGAAUUAUCACGUACUUUGAAUUGUGACGGUGAAGCAGCCUCCGAACAUUUGCUAAAUUUAUCACCUUUCGAAAUGAAGAAUCUGUUAUAUCACAUAUUAAGUGGCAAAGAAUUUGCUGUUAGCAGCGUUGCACGUGGUAGCUUAUCAAUUGUCAGUUGUAAGUCCAGUCGCGUCAGUAAAAAGAGUCAAAUUGGUUUGGGUGAUCCAGAAGGUGAAGAUGCAUUAGUAGCCACUAUUGAUGAUCGACAGGGACAAUGGUUGAGACGACGUCGUCUUGAUGGUGCACUUAAUCGUGUACCAAGAGAUUUCUACUCACGUGUCUGGACAGUGUUAGAGAAAUGUCAAGGUUUAGCAAUUGAAGGUCGUAUAUUGCAACAGAGUUUAACACAGGAAAUGACACCAGGAGAAUUGAAAUUUGCGCUUGAAGUGGAAACGGCACUUAAUCAGAUACCACAACCCGAAUAUCGACAACUAGUAGUAGAAGCAUUAAUGGUGUUGACAUUAGUUACGGAACACAAUAUGGUACCAUCGUUGGGUGGAGUUAUUUACGUCGAACAUUUAGUACAUAAAGCGAAUCAAUUAUUUUUGGAGGAUCAACGUAAGGUGCAGGGUGACGCUACGUUGUGUUGUGCCAAAUCAAAUGGCAAAGAUCAUCAAGCGGCAUCUGGUAUGUUGCUAUGUGGUGGUGCUGCAUAUAUAUGUCAACAUUUGUACGAUAGCGCGCCGAGCGGUAGUUAUGGUACGAUGACAUACAUGGCUCGAGCCGUUGCGCUUGUACUUGAUUGUGUGCCAAAGCAUGGAGAAAUGGAUUGUACAAUUUCUUAAAUAUUAUUUUUAGAAGAUAUGCAGGAUAUGCAGGAGAGAUAAGCAAGUACAUAGAUGAAUAUGUUAACACUUUGACAAGGAAUUUAAUUUUUAGUAUUGUAUACACUUCAGUUACUUAUGCUGCUGUAUAGCAGCACCAAAAUGUAUCUUUUCAUUAACAUAAAACUUAUUUUGUUUUAUUAAACUAUUAAACUACUAAAUGUUAAGCAACAUUUGUUU